GCCAUCUCCUCUCAGCCCUGGCUCUGUGGUGGCCGCGCUUUCCCCGCUCUGCGUUUGCUGCGGGAGCUUGCGGCUCCACCCCGAGCUGGAGAAAUUCUGGGCCCAGGAGAUCCCAAAAGCUGCUGCAGCUCCUGCAAGAGAAUUCCGAGAAUUCCCUGGACAGGAGCAAUGGGAGGAGAGGCUGCUCCAGUUCCUGCAGGAAUCCCUGGAAUCCAUCACAGAGAAAUCCUGGAUUUGUGCCCUGGUGACCGAGACCUCCCGGCAGCUCCGAGCUCCCGACGGAUCCCAGGAAAAGCUGUUCCUGUUCCGGUGCCUGGGGGCGGCGCUGGGGCCGUGCCCCAGCCGGGCCCUGAUCCGGGAUCAGCUUCCGGGAGCUGCUGGAAAACGCCCGGUGCCAGGAGGAGGCCGACAGGGAGGGCCUCUCGUUCUGCUUUGGGAUCUGUGCCCGGAGCCACCUGGAGGAAACCUUGGAAAAAUUGGAGGAAUUUGGGAAAUCCGAGGCCUUGAGGAAAUCCCAGGGGUUGUUCAGCAUCUUCAAGGACCGCAGCGAGGCGGAGCAGGAGAAGCUGCGGGCGGCGCUCGUGCUCUGUUACGGCCGCGUGGCGGCGGCGGCGCCCCCGGAGCUGCUGCGAUCGCGCCUGGAACCGCAGCUGCUGCAGCGCCUCCUGCAGCACGGCCACAGCAAGGACCCGGUGCUGAAGCUGAGCCUGGCCCGCAGCGUCUCCAUGAUCGGCCGAGCCCUGGCCUGCGGCAAUGCCGGGAAGAAUUCCGGGAAUUUCGGGAAUUACCCCGGGAACGGCCCCGGCGGCUCCGGCAGCAUCGCCCACAAGGCCGAGCUGGUGGCGCUCAUGGUGGAAUUCCUGAGGGCGGAGCCUCCGGAGGCGCCGCGGACGCGGCUGCGGCAGCGAGCGCUGAGCGCCUGCGCACACCUGGUGGCCCUGGAGCCGCCCCUGAGCGACUCCGAGCGCUCCGAGCUCCUGGACACGGCCCUGGCCUCCGUCCUGGGCCUGCCCCCGCCGGAAUCCGGGAAACACCCGGAGCCUCCCGGAGCCCAG